CUUCAAUCUUAACUGCCAACAAACUCCAAGCUGGACUACUUACUCAAACCUCCACGAAAAUCCCGUCGCAAAUUUCUACUUACUCAAAGCGUAAACCUUCGUGCUUCUAAAAUUGGGUUACUUUUUAUUAUCUAUAUCUCUCAAGUUAAUUAAAUAAAAAACUCAAAUCGAGGAUUACAGAGCAAUGUCAAAAAAUGCAGUUAGGGUUUUGGUCACUGGUGCUGCUGGGCAAAUUGGAUACGCCCUUGUGCCGAUGGUAGCUCGAGGUGCGAUGUUAGGUCCAGAUCAACCUGUAAUUCUCCACAUGCUUGAUAUUGAACCUGCCGCGGAAGCCUUGAAUGGGGUGAAGAUGGAGUUGAUUGAUGCUGCAUUUCCUCUUCUAAAAGAUGUUAUUGCCACCACGGAUGUUGUCGAAGCUUGUACUGGUGUCGACAUUGCGGUUAUGGUUGGUGGGUUCCCUAGAAAAGAAGGAAUGGAAAGGAAAGAUGUGAUGUCAAAAAAUGUUUCUAUCUAUAAGGCACAAGCUUCAGCACUGGAGAAGCAUGCAAACACUGACUGCAAGGUAUUAGUUGUCGCUAACCCAGCAAAUACCAAUGCCCUCAUCCUGAAAGAAUUUGCACCUUCGAUUCCGGAGAAGAACAUAACAUGUCUUACAAGACUUGAUCACAACAGAGCUCUGGGCCAAAUCUCUGAGAGGUUGGAUAUCCAAGUCAGUGAUGUGAAGAAUGUCAUCAUUUGGGGUAACCAUUCUUCUACUCAAUACCCAGAUGUUAGUCACGCAACUGUCACUUCAAGCGAUGGGCAGAAUCCCGCUCGUGAGCUUAUUGCCGACGACCAGUGGUUGAGAACAGAGUUUAUCAAAACUGUACAACAGCGGGGUGCAGCCAUCAUCAAAGCACGGAAGCUGUCAAGUGCAUUAUCAGCUGCGAGCUCUGCUUGCGACCACAUUCGCGAUUGGGUUCUUGGAACUCCCAAGGGAACAUGGGUAUCGAUGGGAGUUUACUCAGAUGGAUCUUAUGGAAUCCCUUCUGGCCUUAUUUACUCCUUUCCAGUAACUUGUGAGAAAGGUGAAUGGUCAAUUGUUCAAGGUCUCAAGAUCGACGAGUUUUCACGCACAAAGAUGGAUGCUACAGCAAACGAGCUGAUUGAGGAGAAAUCCCUUGCUUAUUCAUGCCUCAACUGAUGAAGAAAUACAAAACUUCGCAAUAAAAGUAAAGAUUAACAAGAAGAAAACUUCUUACUUUAUUUUAAAUUUGGAGAACGAAGUAUAUGAUUUCAAAUCAUUCCAACUUCAAUCCGAAAUUUGGAAAAUGUUGUCAAUAAUUCUUAUUAUUGUUAUUCCCUAGUUUAUGAUAAUUCUCUAGUAGAAAUUAACUUUUAA